AUGGCUCCAGGAUUCACCCCAAACCUUCCUGCAGAUCACAGUCUGGGUCAAGACAACACGGACAAUCUCUUCAACUUUGAGCUCUUUCGGCAUCAAGACCUCGGGGAAUGGUCUCGCCAGACUUCGGCGGAGAACAUGUGGCAGCAAGACCACGGGCUCUUUGAUGGGUGUUGGAGUUUGGGCGCUGUGACCGGUCACCAAUUUACCUCUCCAAUGUCUGUAUCUGAGCAAUUCAGCCAAAGUCAUCCGAAGGGAAGGUCAACUCCAACCUACCCAACCGACGAGCUGCCUUACGGUCUGCGGCUUGACUACAAUGAAGACGAUGGUACCCAAGACGCCGGAGGUGUUGCCACUCAGCGUCAGGAACGUCAGCGAAGCGAAGCAGACGACAACAAUAGCAUUGGUGACAAUUCGUUCAAGGAAGAUUCUGCGAGCGAACAGAAACGCAGGAUGCAGAACCGACAGGCUCAGCGUGCCUUUCGGGAGCGCAAGGUGAAAUACGUGCAGGGCCUGGAGAAGCGAGUCAAAGACCUGUUGCAAUACGCCGAGUCCUUGAAGCACGAAAACCAGAUGCUGAAAGCGCGGGGACAGUGGUUGAGCAGCCAGCUAAAGAAUUUCCACCGGCAAGCUUCAAAGCGAAGUCCAGUAUGA